GGCAUACAUAAGUAGCUCGAUAUUAACUUAUACAAACGUAUUGUUUUCAGAAUAAAUUUGAUUAAAGCUAAAAUAUAUCCUUUUCUUUUUGUUAAAUUAAAAGGAAAGACCUUAAUUUGUUACAAUAAUAUAUACAUGAACUUUUGCAAGACCAUAUGGCGAGCAUAGUACUAAUAGCAUGUUUGGCUGUAUUGGGUCUUAUAAUUGCAAUCGCUCUAUUUCUGGCUGGCGGAUACUUGUGGUGGAGGCAUAAAAGAUCACAAUUACAGUUUAUUGAACCAAAUGAAGACGAAGAAUCUAGUAGCUAUAGUCUUAGGGCUGCUCAGGAUAUUGUUGACUCUGGUAAUCCACCUACAAAACCGCAAGUGCCAGCAACACAAGCUAUUACAACUCCUCUUCAAAAUAACAUAAACAGGAAAUUAAAUGGAUUCUUAAGUCUCAGAACUCCUUUAAUUGGUGGUUCGGGAACUACCCAAGCAAAACCUCAAAAUGUGUCUUCUGUUGGAAACACUGGAGAUGGAAUUGCUAAGGAUUCUGCUAACAAAAGUAUCUCGAUGUCAGACAUGUACCUUGACAGCAACGAUCCGAGUGAAAAUGUUGGACAAAUACAUUUUUCCUUGGAAUAUGAUUUUCAAAAUACAACAUUAAUUUUAAAAGUUCUUCAAGGAAAAGAGCUUCCUGCGAAAGAUUUAAGUGGAACUUCCGAUCCUUACGUUCGAGUAACCUUAUUACCAGAUAAAAAACAUAGAUUGGAAACCAAAAUAAAAAGGCGAACCCUAAAUCCUCGUUGGAAUGAAACCUUUUACUUUGAAGGAUUCCCCAUUCAAAAACUUCAGUCUCGUGUUUUACACUUACAUGUGUUCGACUACGAUCGGUUCUCAAGAGAUGACUCCAUCGGAGAAGUAUUUCUUCCGCUUUGCCAGGUUGACUUCGCUGGAAAACAAUCAUUUUGGAAAGCUUUAAAGCCCCCUGCGAAGGAUAAAUGCGGUGAACUUCUUUCCUCGCUUUGCUAUCAUCCAUCAAACUCAAUUUUAACAUUGACAUUGAUAAAAGCACGAAAUUUAAAAGCUAAGGAUAUAAAUGGAAAAUCCGAUCCUUACGUAAAGGUUUGGCUUCAAUUCGGAGACAAAAGGGUAGAGAAAAGAAAAACGCCUAUAUUCACAUGUACAUUAAAUCCAGUAUUUAAUGAAUCCUUUAGCUUUAACGUUCCUUGGGAAAAAAUAAGAGAAUGUUCCUUGGAUGUUAUGGUUAUGGAUUUUGAUAAUAUAGGAAGGAACGAGUUGAUAGGGCGAAUAUUAUUAGCGGGUAAAAACGGUUCUGGAGCAUCAGAAACUAAACAUUGGCAAGACAUGAUCUCAAAGCCAAGACAAACUGUAGUCCAAUGGCACCGUUUAAAACCUGAGUAAAUUAAAUAUUAAAUCAAUAAAAACAUAAAAACAUAAUAUUAACACCAGUAAGUAUACCGGAGAAACCCGUACAUAGAUGUACAUAAAAUGAUUUAUACUUGCAUAUAUAGCAAUAUCAUACUAAUUUAAAGAGAAAGAAAAACAGUUAAAAUCUGCACAAAACUAAUGUUAUUGUUUGAAAAAAUACAAUUAUAAAAAAACCAUACAAUUUAAAUAAUGUAAUUGUUCUGAUAAGAGCAAUAGUUUUAUACGUGCUUAUAUGUAGAGAAAUGUUUGUAAGGUCAUUGUUAUAUAAUAGAAAUUAUUAAACAUUUUAACAUCUGUUUAAAAAAAUUAAUUUAAAUAAUAACGCUGUGUAAGGCUUCGAUGUGUUGAAUGAUCACGAAAAUGUUUUAUAACUGAGAGAUUUUAAAACCAAUGGGUUCGCGAUUGUUGACUGUCUCAUAAGGGCGGACUGACUGACAUGUCUAGAUUUUCAACGAAAGCUUUCCUGCAACAGAAACGGACUUUUCCUUCAUUUCUUUGGGAUUCAGGGUGAGAGCAACACACAAAAAAGCGAAAAACAGUACAUUUUGAUUAAUGUGUAAUAAGAAAUGUUAUAUGAUAAAGCACAGUGAAAGUAACUCGCUUGACAAAGUUAAUUUUGUUACUUUUUAUACAAAUACUUUGUCAUUCAAUUUAUUUAUAUACUUUUAAAACAUUUUAUAAUUUAUUUUUAGUUAUAUUCGUGAUUUCAAACAUGUAAACAUUUAAUAUUUAAGGCGGUUAACAAAUUAAAUUAAAAAGGACAAAAAAAUUGGGAAACUUUUUUUUGCCUCGAUUUAGGCAAUUUAGCACAUGAACGCAAAUGGUACAAGGGCUGACAUAAUAAUUUAUAUCAGAAAAGAAAGUUUGAAGCGCUUAUCGAUAUAUGUAUGUUUAAUUCCGUGGAAGCCAUCUGAUAAACUCAGUGAAUAAAAACCAAAACUUAUUAAAAAUGUAUAUAAUACGAUUGAAUUGUUAAACUAUAACAUCAAAAAGUCUAUUUAAAGAAGAAAAGACAUUGUUACAUGGUUUUAAACUAAAUAAAAUGGAAAAAAGAUAUAUUAUUAUUACAUAUUCUUUAAUCGCAUACUGUAUCGUAAUAUAGAAAUCUAGGUCAUUUAAAUAGAAAAGGAUUGCAUUAGCACAAUAAAUCAGAACAUAAACCAUUUUUAAAAGUAAAUAUACAAAUUAUACUAUUAGCCAACCAUUGCCGGAAUAAGCGUCAACUGCGAGAAAAAAAUAAGAAAGUAAGAGAGAGAUGAAAGAAUUGCAAAAAAAAUAUAUUUAUAAUUGAUAAUUGAAACUGAGUUUAAAAAACGAAAAAUCGAAAAUACAACCCACCUUGAAAUUACAUAUUUGUUAUAUACCUGUUAAAAUAUUAUUAAAAUAAUUUAUUCAUAGCAGCAAAUAAAGCAUUCAAUAAGAGUCAGGAA